AUUUGCCCCACUGUCACAGGAAGAAGCGACGUCAGCUGCUAACAUGCUAGCAUUGGUAAAACGACCUUGCCAACUACUCUGACUGAUAAAGGUAUGCCACAGAAAGAUCCGUGUCAAAAGCAAGCAUGUGCAAUUCAGACGUGUUUACAAGCUAACAAAUACGUGGAGAGCAUGUGUGAGGAUGUGAUCAGAGAGAUGCGGCGGUGCUGCGAGGUUCAUGCUGGACACUCCAUCUGCUGCUCCGGGUUCAAGGACUCGCCACCAGCCAAGAAAAGUAACACAUAGCUCCCAGAUGGACGCUUUUGAUGGACAUGAUGGUAGAAACAUUGUGUCAGUGUCUUAUUGACUAUGUAACACUGACUGUACUGAGUUGUUUGCUACACAAUUUGGAAGGCUAUGAAUCUUUACAGAUCUUUAUUGUCUAGAUUUCAACAGGCCUCUCAGAUGUUGUAACUUGUCCAACUCCAGGGGAACUCCAGCUAUGAGUGUAACCAUCAUUUAUGUUAUUCAUUUCCUGUUUGACAGGGCACCUAAAAUCACAUAAAGCUGAACAUUAUAAUGCAA